CUCAAGAGACAAGGCAGUCUGUGUUGUGAGAAGUGAGUGAUUCAGACUUCAGUCACCCGCAGAACAUGCAUUUGGUUGGAUGCGGUGUUCCGCUCCUCGGUUUAAUUGUGUCGGUGUGCUUUAUCGUCUCUUCUUCGGCUGAUAUCGACUCAGAUUCUUUUUUGUCUUCAUCUUCAGUAGAGAUAAGAGAGCUCAACUGUUCUGUGAAGAAAGAGUCGUCCAACUCGGAAUUUCCAGACGAUAUAUUCACAGACUACCAGAGAAAACAUGGAGCGAUCCUUUUCCACAUAUUGGUCGCACUCUACUGCUUCAUUAUCAUUGCGAUCGUAUGCAAUGACUAUUUCCUGCCUUCAGUUGAAUGCAUUUGCAAAGACUUGAAUUUGACAGAGGAUGUGGCUGGCGCGACGUUCAUGUCAAUCGCCACAUCGGCGCCAGAGCUGUUCGUGAAUGUGAUCGGAACUUUUCUGACAGAGUCCGAUCUCGGAGUCGGAACAGUGGUCGGAAGUGCUGUGUUCAACACUCUCGGGGUGGCAGCGUGUGGGGGAUUGGCAGCGAGUACUGCGAUCCCCCUGGAAGUGUACCCUUUGGCGAGGGACUGCGUAAUCUACAUCACAGUCGUAACCUUAUUAACGGGAAUACUUUGGGAUGAUAAAGUGUUCUGGUACGAAGCUAUGAUUCUUCUUAUUCUCUAUGUCCUCUAUUUCAUUUUCAUGUUCAGUGAAAAGCGAAUAAUUGCAGUACUAAAAAAGGUUUUUCCUCUGACAAAGACGUCCACAUUGAGAAAAACUGGCGUUUCCUCUUCAUGUGAAUCUCUACACCUUGAAACCGCAGAAAUUGGAACUUUCAAUGAGAAAGACAGUACUUUGGUUUAUGGCACAUACACGCCGAGGUACGGAACAUGUGAUUCGGUCAUACCGACAAUUGACGGAGACUUGCAGCAAAAAAAGCAAGAUUUGGAAAAACAAAAACCAACCGACACAAUACACCAGUAUCCACCUCAGCAAGAAGAGAAAGUGAGGAUAGACCCAGUGUGCAAGCCGCCCGACUGUGGACUGGUGUUCUGGUGGUGGCUCUUCACGAGGCCUGUCUCGUCCAUUCUGUGGCUGACCAUUCCCGACUGCCGGCUCUACAGGAAGCUCUACCCGAUCACAUUCUGCAUGUGUGUCGUCUGGAUAGGCAUCUGCUCCUAUGUUGUUUCCUGGAUGAUGACUAUUUGUGGUGAAACAUUCAAAGUUAGUGACGCUGUGAUGGGAAUCACCCUGCUCGCAAUUGGAGGAAGUAUGCCAGAGGCCUGCUCCAGUGUAAUCAAUGCUAGAAAAGGAAUUGGUUCAAUGAGCAUCAGCAACGCACUGGGAGCCAACACACUCGACAUUCUGCUCUGCCUGGGAAUGCCCUGGCUGAUAAAAACCCUGCUGCCGGCCAGAAUGCACGGUGGGCCAAUCACCAUCGACUCCCCCGGUCUCGUCUACAACAACGCCCUGCAAAUACUCUGUGUGAUGGUGUUGUACCUAUCGGCUGCAUCUAAUCGCUACAAGCUGAACAGGACACUCGGUUUUGUGUGUGUCAUCAUGUAUACACUAUUCAUAGUGUUCAUCAUAUUGAACGAGCUGAACGUUUUCAAGUUACUUCCAGUCAACCAGGAAUGUCCUUCGUGACAUUGAUGAGGUGAAAAAUGUAAACUUAUAAAGUACUUUCCCUACAAGGAGUUGUACACUAGUCAGAUUAGUUCAUUAAUUGUUCAUAAAUGUAUAUAGAACCAUUCAUCAGUUUCCAUCGACCAUCGACAGCUAAACAUUAUCUAAAACAAAUAUUUUGUACUGACCUCCAUAUGUGAGAAAAAUAGGUGAUUUAGAUCAACUCAUUUUUGGUUCAUUUAGAAACUGAAUGGUCACAAAACUGAGAUGUAUAUGAAAAUUUUGAAAGUGAUAAUAGUGCCUUUAUACUAAGGAGAGUGUUAAAUAUUUAGGCAAUAAUAUUCUAUGAUGUGUAUUUUUGAUUAGUACAAAAAUGAUAUGAUCCAGUUUUACAUUAUGACAAAAAUGUCCUUAGAAAAUAACAUCACUUGAAAUACUUUUUCAAGAACGUAGGCUGAUUAGUGAAAUAGAGGUUCUGGAUUUGAAAUUUCGUAUCAAAUCUAUUUUAUAAUACCUAUAUAAGAUGAAUUUUAUAUAGAUUUAUUGAUAGAUUUUAUAUGGUACCGUAUACAUUUUUAUGAUGAUUGUAAUUGAAACUAGUCUCAGAGACUAAUCAUCAAUAUAUUUUCAUUUCACUAAAAAUUUACGCUAAGAAAAGCUAGAACUUCAGUUCAUUGAUGACCCAAGUAGACCUGACACUAUGAGAGCAGUGAAAAUUGAAAUAUAAUGAUUAAAUUUAUUUUAUAGUCAUUGACUGUAAAAUACUGUCAUAGAGAUUCCUGUUGGAUAGUGGGCCUGCAUAACUAUAUGGGCCUAUAAUUUUGAAUCAAGAUGCUUACUGAAUAGAAUUUAUUUAUAAAAAUUUGUAUUGGAACAGCUAAAUAAAAAAUAAUACAAAGUUUCUCAUGCUUUAACCAUACCAAAUUGUCGUAUUAAAUAAUAAGUGACUUAAAACUUUUUUGAAUUACUGAUGUCUUUCAGUCUUUUUUGAAGACUGAUGCCAUUUAUAUGUUCCUUUGAGUAGACCUAUCACACAAUUACAUUGACAUUUUUAUAAUGUAUAAUUUAUAAUAAUCAACUUCGACUCCUCAAUACACGUCUAUAAACUAUUCAAUUUGAAUCAUUAUUAUUUUUAUCUGACUUUUGGUAUACUUUCUAAUCCAAAUUGAGAUUUUCCAGACUUUUUUGGAUAUACUAUCAUGAAAUACUGUACCGAUGCCAUACCAAUAAGAGUACCGGUAAUGAUGAAAGUUGUAAGUUAAGUUAUCUUGUUAUGAAUGAGUUUGCAUCUGCUAUAUGGACUAAUCAAAUUAAUUGAUUAAAACUACAUUUGUAAAGGAUCAUUUUACAUAAUGACGAAUGAUGAUUUAUAUUAUAUGAUUAUUUCCAUUAUUAUUCGAGUUGAAUAUUUUUAUAAGAUAAUAAUUAGUCUCAACUACUACAGUUACUGUAUAAGAUAGUUUUUGAAUGUAGAAGUAGCUGAAGUCUUGAUAAAGUUACACUGAAGCAUGAGCGAGGUACCGUAUGGCAGCCAAAAUUAAUAAACGAAGUUAGUUUAUCCUGAUUAUUCCAGGAGUGAUGAAAAACAUUUUUCUUCCAUUUUAACAUUUUCUAUUGAAAACUAUUUUUUGAAUAGUAUCUCGAUACUCUAUUACUCUAUUAGGCCUAUUCCAAUAACACUUCACAGUUGAAAUAAUUUCAACAUUUUUAUUUUUAUUAUUGUUUUAUGUGUAGAAAGUUGUUUAGAUUAAGAAUAUUCAAUAGUUGACUAAGAGUAAUCAUUAUUGUUAUAAUACUCGUAAAAUCUAUAAGAUAACAUCUGUGAUUUAUUAUAUAUGAUAUAAUGGCAGAAUUGAGUAGGCGUAAGCAUAAUAAUAUUGUGUACGAUGUGUUUGUGAGAUAUUAUAUGCUGGUAACUUGCAAUAACUCCAUUUUGAGAAUGUUGUGAUAUUAAAUUUAUUGUGCUUUAA